AUGCCACUGGAUACCUCUACGUACUCUCUGGCGCUUUUGCGCGUAGACGGCCGCCGCUGGAACGAGCUCCGUCGCCUGCACGCCCUCAUCCGCACGCAGGAUGCUGCUGAUGGCUCCUCGUACCUCGAGAUGGGCCACACCAAGGUCAUGUGCGUCGUGUCCGGACCUUCGGAGCAGCAGCAAAACCAGAAGCGAGGCGGACAGGCCAAUGCAUCCCGCGACGGAGCGACUGUCAAUGUCAACAUCAUCAUCGCUGGCUUCUCCAGCGUAGAUCGCAAGAAGCGCGGCCGCAACGACAAGCGCAUACAAGAGAUGGAAAUCACCAUUGCCAAAGCUCUGUCGUCCAACCUCCACACCCACAUCUUCCCCCACUCGAGCAUUUCGAUAUCUCUCCACGUCCUGUCGCAGGACGGAUCGCUACUCGCGGCCCUGCUCAACGCCACUACACUCGCCCUGAUCGACGCCGGCAUCCCCAUGAACGACUACAUCGCCGCUUGUACAGCUGGCUCGACAUCGUCCUUUGCUGCCGGCGAUGACUUGGCCGACCCGCUCCUCGACCUGAACAACCAAGAAGAGCAGGAACUCCCCUAUCUCACUGUGGCCACGCUGGGCGACAGUGACCGAAUCGCCGUGCUGGCGUGCGAGAGCCGGGUUCAAGUCAGCCGCUUUCAAGGCAUGUUGGUUGUCGGAAUUGACGGGUGCAAGCAGGUCAAGAAGUUUUUGGACAGCGUCGUCAAGACAAAGGGCGGUAGAAUGAUUCGCGAAGGGGCCAUACAAAAGAGCGACACCAUGGUCAUGGACUUGGACGACUAA